CUGACAUUGACAAUUGAUGACUAAUGUUUACAAUUUCGUUGUUGUCGUAUGUUAUAAAAUAAAGUAAUUAACUUUUUUCGUAAUUAUAACAUAAUUAAUAGAUUAGUUAUAAAUGAAACAUGUUCCACAAAGAAUACUCUAAUUUUGUACGUCCCACAACCAGUGAAUCAUCUACGUCCAAAUUUUCAACUACUGUAAUAAGCGGAGAAACUGCAAAAAAACUUUAUCUAGAAGAGAUAAGUAAUAUCCCAUGCUCUCAGCCACUGAAUAACAAAGAUAUCAGAAAAUCCUUGUGUAAAGAGAUUAAACUUAAAAAGAUAGAUGAUACUGAGAUAUCUAAUCUGCAACUGUUUCACAGUGUACAGAAUAAUGAUGUCGAUAAAGUGCGACAGGCUUUAGACAUACGCCCAGGUAAGAUAAAUGUACUCGAUGAGUAUGGGUGGAGUUUGCUCAUGAUUGCAUGCCAGGCUAACUCCGUCGAAGUCGUCAAAGAGCUUCUUAAACGAGGAAUUGAUACUACAGUUAGAGAUAAAGCUGGUAACUCGGCUCGAAGCUUAGUUAUCAAGAAUAGAAAUUUCGUAUUAGCUGAUAUCCUUUUAAGACAAAGUCACAUCAAUAUUCACGACAAAGUGAAAAAUAAUAAACAAUUGAAAAAUGAAAGGCUAAAAGAAAAGUAUGUCUGUGAAAUCUGUGACAAUAAAGUGUUUGAAAAUAAACAAGAACACUUAUCGUCCACUGUACAUAAUAUAAAUGCCAGUAAGGGUAAGAAAAUACCAACAAACUAUGUUAUACCUGAAUCUAAUAAAGGUUACCAAAUUAUGUUAAAAGUGGGAUGGGAUAAAGAAACUGGUUUAGGACCAGACGGCACAGGUAAAAAGUAUCCCAUUAAAGCAGUACAAAAAACAGAUAAGAAAGGUCUAGGUCACAAGCAGAAAAAGGGUGUAAGUUCAAAGACGGAAUCAAUGAGAGAAAUAAAAAUCAACAAGAAGUCUAUACAUAAAGAAUAUCACAGGAACAGACAAAUGGAAAUUAAUUUUAGAAGAGAAUUUUAUUAAAAGUGAUAAUUAUAA